AGUGGGUAUGUUGACUUACUUGGACCAAACGCCACAGGACCAGCAGGAACGCUGUGUCAUGCGGUAGAGAACCAGCUCACAUACGUUGCCAAGAUACUUCGCAAAUUUGCGACCCAAGGCCUGCGGACCAUAGCUCCGACAACAGCUGCAACUCGUGAUUUCCGAGCCUACACUGAAGCCUUCUUCCCGCGGACUGUCAUGAGCGAGCACUGCAGCUCUUGGUACAAUGGUGGGAUCAAAGGCGGGAGAAUUCAUGGCCUCUGGCCCGGCAGUGCUGCUCACGUUGACCUGGUUAGAAAGGAUCCGAGGUGGGAGGACUUUGAGUACACCUAUCAGAACCCCCAGGAAAACAGGUUUGGGUGGCUGGGGAAUGGCUGGACCAAGAAGGAUGUUGCGGCUGCUCACGGCGACGCUGGGGUUGAACUAGAUCUUACUCCUUGGUUGGAGAAAGGCGCUUUAAGUGGCGAUAUUGACCUUAGAAGCUACCAUGAGAAAUGGUGGGUGAGCUAG